CCCAACUGCUUCGAAGAAAAGCGCAACGAUCUGAGUGGAGCCAGAGUCACCAGCAGUUUGCGUUUGCUGUUUUGAAAACUUUUUCAUGGCAACACAAGAGAAAUAUGGAGCCUCCCUCACAGGUGUCACUCCGAGGAAAGAAGCAGGAAAUACAGAAACGAGAGGCUGAUGCCGAAAUCUACAUGAAUUUCAUGAAAAGUCACCGCUGUUACGAUGCCAUUCCAACCAGCUGUAAACUGGUUAUAUUUGAUACCACGCUACCAGUUAAAAAGGCCUUUUUUGCACUGGUGGCAAAUGGCUUGAGGGCUGCGCCUCUAUGGGACAGCAAGUUACAGAAAUUUGUGGGUAUGCUGACCAUUACAGACUUCAUCAACAUCCUCCAUUGCUAUUACAAAUCCCCUAUGGUUCAAAUGCAUGAGCUGGAGAACCACAAGAUCGAAACAUGGAGAGGUGAUUCAUUUCAAAAUGUCUACAUACAGUAUUCCAAUCACUUCCUCAUUAGUAUUUCCCCAGAGGCCAGCCUCUUUGAUGCCAUCUAUUCCUUACUCAAAUAUAAGAUCCACAGGCUGCCCGUCAUCGAUCCAGAGUCUGGAAAUGUCUUGCACAUUCUGACCCAUAAAAGGAUCCUCAAAUUCCUUCGUAUAUUUGGGAAAAAAGUUCAGAAGCCGGCGUUCAUGCAGAAGCAGAUCCAGGAGCUUGGAAUUGGGACUUUCAGGAACAUCGCCACAGUUCAGCAAACAGCAACACUUCACGAUGCACUCUCCAUUUUUGUGGAACGGAGGGUGUCUGCACUGCCAGUGGUGAACGAACAAGGCAAAGUGGUGGCACUCUACUCAAGAUUUGAUGUGAUUAAUCUAGCAGCCCAGAAGAAUUACAACAAUCUGGACAUGACUAUGCUGGAGGCCGUUCGCAGGCGCUCAUGUUUUGUUGAGGGUGUGAUCAAGUGCUAUCCCUAUGAAAGCUUGGAAAUCAUCAUAGAUCGUAUAGUCAGUGCUGAGGUCCAUCGGCUGGUCCUGGUGGACAGGGCUGACGUGGUGAAGGGCAUCGUCUCUCUGUCUGACCUGCUGCAGGCCAUGGUAUUAACCCCUGCAGGUAUUGAACUCCUUUUGUCCUAGCACGAGGGACCAGAACAUCCCCCUUCCCUCCUUUAUCCCCUGUGUAGGCUUCAGUCCAGGCAGGUGUACCCAGGCAAGUAGAAUCUGAAGCCUCUCCCGUACCCCAGAAAUCCACAUUCCACCUUGCUGUGUAGUUACCAGCACCUAAAGGCUUUGACCCCACAUGUUAUCUAGUUGUGUGCACAAUAGAAAUCCUGCUGCUUUUACAUUAGUGCCCCUAGUCUUGUGCACGCUUCCUGAAACAAAGGCACAAUUGCAUACAAAUGCACACAACCCCAGCUGCUUGACUGGCGUUCACAAGCAAGGAUUGCCUGAAUUUUUCAAGGAUAAUUGCUGACUCUUGGUAGAUUAAUAACUAAUUUCAUUUAUGUCUUUCAGAAAUUGCGACUUGCGACUGAAAUGAGAGAUCACAAGAGGAAGACAAACUCCCUGGUUGUGCUGUUGUUUACAUUAAAAUGUAUUUUUUGAACUCUGUUGUAUGAUAAUAAUGAACAUAUUGAGCUGACCUUACAGUCUCCUCCAAACUGUCAUGAAUCUCUAAGGUCUCCUGCACAAUGUCCAUCAUGACUGCAUUUGAUCAAAUUGAUCAACAUGUUUAUUCUGUAUUGUAUAUUUCUGUAUUAAACAUUUGUAAUGAA